GCAGGCUGGGAGGAGGCAGACUUGGGGACCAUGGAGACCCAGGGCGGCAGCCCCUCCUUGAGGCGGUGGUCACUGUUGCUACUGCUGCUGGGCCUGGCCAUGCCUCCAGCCACUGCCCAGGCCCUCACCUACAGGGAGGCUGUGCUCCGUGCUGUGGAUGGCUUCAACCAGCAGUCCUCAGAAGCUAGUCUCUACCGCCUCCUGGAGCUGGACCAGCAGCCCCACGGAGAUGGGAACCCAAACAUCCCGCAGCCUGUGAGCUUCACUGUGAAGGAGACUGUGUGCCCGCGGAGUACACAGCAGCCAACGGAGCAGUGUGACUUCAAGGAGAAGGGGCUGGUGAAACAGUGUGUGGGGACAGUCACUCUGGACCAGGUCGAUGGCUAUUUUGACAUUAGCUGUGAGGAGCUCCGGAACGUCAAACUCGGCGGCCGGCUUCGUGAAAUCAUACGGAAAGGUGGGCGGAAGAUUGGCCAAGGGCUUGAAAACAUUGGCAAGAGAAUCAAAGAUUUUUUUUCAAAUGUUCAGCCCAGGGAAGAGUCCUAAGGGCCUGCUUUGCCCUGGCUCAGGCUACUGGAUUCUGAAAAAUAAAUUCUUGUAAAAGCAACUUC